AUGGCACUUAAAAGACUUAAUAGAGAAUUGUAUAUUUUAGGAGAAAACCAACUGUCGUCUUGUAAUGCUAGUCCUAUUGAUGAUGAUCUUUUUCAUUGGCAAGCGACAAUUAUGGGUCCUUCUGAUUCCCCAUACUCGGGUGGUGUAUUUUUCCUCCUUAUUGAUUUUCCUGAAGAUUAUCCGUUUAACCCACCAAGGAUUAGAUUUACAACAAAAAUUUACCAUCUAAACUUCAGUGAUGGUGGAAAUAUUUGCGGUUGCUUUUUAAAGAAACAAUGGUCGCCAGCACUUAACAUCUCGAAGGUACUCGCUUUAGUUUGUACAUUGCUAACUGAUCCAUACAAAGGGUGUUUCAUACAAGAAAAAUAUUAUUUGUACAUAAAUAAUCGUAAUUGUUAUGAAGCUAAUGCUAGGGAAUGGACUCGCAAGUAUGCUAGUUAG